UCUCGCGCCAAAUGGCAGCACAUCUUCCGCUCCCCAUUCCCGAUCUGCGCUUCGAGCAGUCCUUUCUCAAAAGCGUGCGGCAGCACUACCGCGUCGUUUCUGCUCCAGAAGAGAAGACCGAGUCCAAGGCGUUGGCGCUGCAAAUCGAAUGGCCGUCCAUUGCGUGGAUCACGCUUAAGAGCCAGGUCUUGAGUCCGUUCGUGCAGGGUGCCGUCUUGGCGAUUCUUGGCACGUUCUUCGAACCCGCGCGCGCGCUGCUACCCUCAAUGCAAAGGCUGCGACUGCAACCCGAGGGCGGGAUGGUGCGGUGGUUGCGGACAUGGGUCAAAUCAGUGGGCGUGACGAGUGGUGUACGAAAUCCCAAUUGAUCUACAUAUUCGUGUCUACAUUAUUGCUUUACAUCGCACAUACUUCUUACGAUUCGGAGGCUGCGUACCGCGCCCUCACGACCUGCGCCACCUUUUCUCUGGGGCACUUCCGCCCCAUCCAGAGCUCGAACUGCACGUAGCCCUGCUCGAGCAGAACAUCUAGGCCCGGGACCACAGCCCAGUUCCCUUUGUUGACCGCCUCGGCCUUCGCGAGGAGGGGUGUUUUCGCGGGCUUGUACGCCAGGUCGAUGACGACGGCGGGCCCGUCAGAGUACUCGAACAAUGUCUCGACGGGACCGACGACGGGCGCAGUCGCCGGGACAGUUGAGAUGACGACGUUCGGGCUCUGGUCCCAGGCGCCCAGCGCAUCUAGGACCUGUACUCCCUCGAAAGCAUCCCUCAGCUUCUCCGCGUUGGCGCGGGUGCGAUUCCACAGAUAGAUGUGCGUCGCGCCGAGACUCUUCAGCGCGUAGAUCGCCGCACGGGUGGUGCCGCCAGCGCCGAUGAUAAGCCCAGCCUUGAUGCCUCCGGUGGCGAUGUGCGCAUGCACGCACUGUCGGAUGCCCUGCCAGUCGGUGUUGUCUCCGACCAGCUGCCCUGACACUGGGAUGAUGGUGUUGACGGCGCCGAUCGCCUCGGCAGCGGGAGUGAGUUUGUCCAGGAUGGGAAUAACGUCCAGCUUGAAAGGGAUGGUCACUGAGGCGCCACCGAAUUCGGGGCUUG